AUGUCGUACCACGACCCAUACCAGGUCAAGGCGAGCAAUGGAACUCUGAUCACCUGCGACUCGGCGGCCAAGCAGAUUCUCAUCCACCUCGACGCCCAGCGCGAUGGCCCCCAGAAGUUCAUCAUCCGUGACGUGGACGACACGCACGUGUUGAUCAAGUCUAUCUACGUCGACAUGGUUCGCACAUCUCUCCAGGAGGAGCUUGAGAAGAACACAUACGACCAGGAUCCUGCAUUAUGA